AUGUCAUGCCUGGAAGAAACCCAGUCUGAUUGUAGAUGUCGGUAUACGUUAACGUUAACGAGUGAAAUAGUUCACGAACAAUUUUCUGAAAUGAAAGACAGUUUCAAUCGUGUGCCCGGCAUUCAUGAAGUGGAUGAAGAAGAAACCGAUGAGGAGGAAACCUGUGAUCAAGAGUCAAAAACUCGCAUCCUCCAAGAUGUUGAACAACCUGCGGAUUCGAUAAAAAGCACCGUAGACGAGGAUUCUAUUUAUAGCAAUGAUUCGUUUUGUUCCGAUGAAUCUGACGAUGAAUCUGAAAGAACCGAUACAACAUCGAGAUCACUCGUUAACGAGUCUCGUCUUUCUCCUGGAAUCGCUACCUGUGCGUGUAACCAAAAGGAUGGUAAACGUGGAGAAGAAAGAUUUGAAGAUAUAGUACAAAGAAAUGAAAUUACAGACUCGGCUUGCUAUAGAAGUUCAAUAUCCGAAGAUUAUUCCGUAAAAAUAAGACAAACGAAGAACAGAAGAAAGAAUAUGAGUUUUACGGAUGAAGAGAUACGUAAGAUCGAAUGGGAAAAUCAGAUUCUCUUGAGAAAAAUAAUGGCACAACAAAAAUCAAAAGAAAAGAUACUUCGUGAGAAUAUUCGACCGACGCGAAUAAGCAGUUCUGCAAUAAAUAGAAAAAGAUUACAAAAGAAAAUAGAAAAUGAAAAUAUAGUAUGUAGUAAAUAAAUAUAUUUAAAAGCAAUUAAUCGUGGAAUAAAUUAAUAAAAUAUAAUAUUUACAUUUACAGCUACUUUUGCAAAGGAUACGACAAACUAAAUCACGCGUUAUGAACGAUAUACUAAAACCUGGUUGCAGACAGAUGAUUUUAUAA